UGAAGAUAGUUGGCGACUUUUAUCAAGUCUCGGGCUUUGGGCCAGAGAAAACACCCGCUCCUCCUAGACGCCCAUCAGCAUCGCCGGCUGCCGCGAACAGUGCGCCUGCACCACAAAAUCCUACUCCCCCACAAACCAGCCCCUUAUUCCAGGGUCCAACAUCUCAGCCUGUUGGGUCUAGAAGUUCAACGCAAUCACAACACAGGUAGGCCAAUGAACACAACAGCUCCACCUGUUGGAACAGCAAGCCCUAGCCAAGCAACAGCUAAUCCCGGCUCGCAACACGCACAAUUCACUGGCCGCCGGGCGAGUAGCAUAGCUUCCCCGAUGAAUGAAUCUCCCCGGGGCGGCCCAAGUUCCUUUAGCUACCAGAGUGAGCAGUCUGUAAAUACAGACUCUUUCGAAAGUCAAAAUGACAAUGGCAGUAGUGUUGCAGAUGACAAUCAGGGCGAUCCCAUGGAUGUGUGCCUAACAUGGCCUGGCUAUCAGCCUUUUCCAACAAUCCACCACGAGAGCUUUGAAGACUUACAAGUCCCACUGAUUGACGAUGAAGACUAUGAGGAACCCAUUGCUGUUUUCAAUGCGAGGCUGUCACGUUCCGCUAUGGGUCCUGUGGAAUGCGCACCCAGGGCAGAUGUACUUCUACCUUGGAACGAAAUGGGUGAUAUCACACUGGCAGAGUUCAUUGUGUAUUUCCCUAAUCACGCUCUUUGCUGGCCCCGAUUCGCAGCCCUCAUCCGCGAAACCGGUUGGCAGCAUAUGUUCAGUAGGAUCACAACACUCAUCAACGUGUCGCGACUCGGUCCCUCGAGGUUUCGAAACCAAAACCUCGACAAAAGGUUCAUAUACCAGACCACCUGUGAGGAGCUUAUGGAAGAAGCGAUCAAGCAACACAAGAAUGAUCCAAAUUACUCCAUCGUUCAGGGCCCUAACUCUAUAGGACACACGUACAUUAGGGAGGAGGGCGAUUUCUCUGAGUUUAACGAACUGAAGUAUAUUCCUCAGGCAUGGCACCACGAACCACGUUUUGUGGAGGGUCUAACCACCAUACCGCUAAGUGAAGCUGGCAACUGGGUCGAAUAUCAUCCCUUCCCCGGCCGCGUCUUCACACAGCGGAUGCUCCAUGCGAUAAACCCCAAAUUAUAUCCCAAGGUUCCACCUGCGCCUCCAGACGAUAAUCCACCUCCUGCUCUAGUCGCUACUAUGAUAGAGGAGCACAAGCAAAUUCGGCCCAGAAAUUCACUGAAGAGUAAGUGGAGGGCCGGCUAUCCUCCCAAAGAUGAUCCGACUAUGACUUUGGACAUAUUAAAACGUAACUAUCCACUCGAUAUUGAAGGGGAAGCUUACCUGUGGGUCCUCCUCACGCACACUAAUCAGCAAAUCAUUAGAGAAGGGUUUGUGCCACCCCAUAUCUUCCAGAGAUGGGGCGGGGAGAGACAUGGCGGGAUGGAAAAAGGGCUAAACGAGUUAAGAAGCAGAUUCGUGAAAGCGAUCCGAGAAAGAGCUAAGAAUCGGGGCAGCACCUUCCAAAUUCAGAGACGCGACUAUCUUGAUGAAGUGAACGAGCACAAGAGCAGGCCCGAACUAAUCGACGAUAAUGACCGAGACUACCCCAAAUUUGAUACCGAUGAAAAGAAACCGAAAAGCCAUGAAAUCGGAAACCCACCUCCGCCACACGGCGCCCAAAGGACCCAACCCAAGCAACCAGGUGGUGAAGCGCAACCAAGUGCCACGCCGCCCACUGCCGGGGGAGGUAGCGGUAAUGCACCAGGUGGUGGUGCCCCGACCCAGCCCA